GUUCCAGCGCGCCUUCCGUGGGCUCAAGGAUGAAAUCUUGGUUCUCCUAACUGCUAUCUGGGGCCCCUGCUGGUGCAGCCCCACCAAGAGAAGGGAUGGGAACAGGACAAGUGGGUCUCGCUCUGUCUGUGUUGUUUGAAGUGUAGUGUGUGUGUGACAUCCCAGUGCAAACAUAGCCCUUGGGCUGGGGCCAGGGAGGAGAAGCCCCCCCCAAGCUGGAGCAGCGAGGGCAGGUGUGGGUGAAAAGCAGGUAGAGGCUGGGGAGAACUGGACUGGAGGCCCCAGGUGGGGCAGGUGGUCAUCCCUGUGUCCUUGCCCCUGGAACACAGAUGAGCACCUACUGUGCGCACGCCAGACACUGUUGUGGGUCAGUGCACAAAUGAUCCGUGGAGGUAGGCAGGGUAGUCCCCAUUUUAUAGACUUGGGCCUCCAAACUAUGUAGAAAUGAUAGGAAACCAUGGCCGCAGCACAGCUGAAGGAGUCAUUGGAUCAAAUGCCUGCAGGUGGGCACAGGGUUGGAGCAGCUUUAAGGACCCAGCCUUGGAGACAGUGCUGGCAGAGGCUCCAGCAGUUUCUCCACUCAGGAGGUCGUUCUCACCCACGGGCCAUGCCCCACGGGCACAGCUUUGGACAGGACGGGCCGCAGGAGACCCCACAAUCAGCUUCCCUUUUGGAUAGGCCUCUCUUGGCAGGGCCUGCCUGGCCAGGCUCUCCUGGCCCUUGUCACUGGACACUAGAGGGCAUCAAAGGCAGCAGCUGGCUGAGGCUGGGCCCUGACCUUUCCACAAACCUGCCUUCCAUGGCCUGGGGAAGCGACUCAGCAGAGAUGAGGGGCUAGGGGCAGACGUAUUCUGUAGUAGUAGGCAGUGAACCUUAAGAGGCCAGCUCCACCAAGAAGAUUGCUGGGGAGACUCCCAGGAAGCGCUUCUGGAGAGUUAGGGUCUGGGUUCAGGUGGUCUGGGGGCCGGAUCUGAUAACCCAGGGAGGGACCAGUAUGGGUCCCGGUUGGCCACUUCCUGUGUUCGAGGCCAGCCCUCCCUGGCACCACAGCUGCCCAUGGCGGCCCCGCGAAGCACUCCGGCCUAUGUCUGCGAUUCACUGGCAGCACCCAGGUGGGCCACCGGGGGCGCCCGAGGACUGCCGGCGCUCUGGCCCGCUCGGGUGCUCUAUGGCCCCGCGUACUCCGCUGAGCGGUACCGGCAGCUGAGGGCAGCCUGCGGUCCCGCGGAGGACGAGCGCCCCCAGGAUCCGAGGGCGCGAGUGCGGACGCCAGCCAGUACAACCCUAACCCCGCCUGGUACAGUCCAAAGGCCAUGCUGCCGUGUGAUCCCUGACCUCACCCUGACCGGACCAGACCACACGUGGAACCGCUCUGCACCGCUUGGGUGCCACUUCCGGAUCCCACCCCAGGUCCGGCAUUGAUCUCAGUCAGCUCCGGCUACCAGGGCCUGGGCCCGGGCCGAGCCGGAGAGCUGACCAUGCGCCGGAAGCUGCUGCCACUGGCCGGCCUCUACCUGGUGCAGGGCCUGCCCUACGGGCUGCAGUCUGGCCUGCUGCCCAUGCUGCUGCGCGCUGGUGGCCUCUCCCUGACACGUGUGGGCCUGGCCAAAGUGCUGUACGCGCCGUGGCUGUUCAAGUUGGUGUGGGCCCCACUGGUGGACACGCGGGGCUCCCCGAGGGCCUGGCUGACGCUCAGCACAGCUGCCCUGGGCCUGGUGUGUGGGCUGCUGGCAGCCCUGCCUCCUGUUGAAGCUGGCCAGGCCGGGCUGCCUGUCACAGUGGCGGGGCUGCUUCUGUUGCUGAACCUGGGUGCAGCCGUGCAGGACGUAGCCUUGGACACGCUGGCCGUGCAGCUGCUGGAGCCCGCUGAGCUGGGGCCUGGCAACACCGUGCAGGUGGUCGCUUACAAGCUGGGGGCGGUGGUGGCAGGGGGAGGGCUGCUGGCUCUUGUGCCGGCUCUCUCCUGGUCCCUGCUCUUUCUGCUCCUCGCUGCCACCUACUGGCUGGCUGCUGUCCUGGCCUGGGCAGCGCCUGUCUUGCAACAGCUUCCCAAGCCUCCGGCCUCAGAACCACCCCCCCACACCCUGCACCUUGGAGACUUGCUGGCCGUGUCUGGGACCCUGUGGACGGCAGGCUUCGUGAUCACUUACAAGCUUGGACAGGAAGGGCAGUGGCCUGGCUGGGGAGCAGGAGGCCCCAGGUGGAGGCAUGAGGGUUGCGCUGCUCACGUUCUCCCAACAGGAGAGCAGGGUGCUGGCAGCCUGUUCCCACUCGUCUUGCUGGAUCAAGGCUUCUCCACCCCGGAGCUGGGGCUGUGGAACGGUGUGGGCACUGUGGCCUGCUCCAUUGCGGGCUCGUCCCUGGGCGGGGCCCUGCUGGCCAAGCACUGGCAGCUGCUGCCCCUGCUGAGGUCAGUGCUUCGGUUCCGUCUCGGGGGCCUGGCCUGCCAGACUACCCUACUUUUCUAUCUGGACACCCCAGGGGCCAGGCUGGGCCCUGGCACAGUUCUGAGAGGUGAGGGGCUGGCCAUGGGGGGAGGAGCAUGGGCCCUGCGCCCUGCUGACGUCAGUCCCCGCAGGGGCAGCCUUGUUGAGCCUGUGCCUGCAGCACUUCCUGGGUGGCCUGGUCACGACUGCCACCUUCACACUGAUGAUGCGUUGCAGCCAGCUGGCACCCAGUGCCCUGCAGGCCACACACUACAGCCUCCUGGCCACACUGGAGCUGCUGGGCAAGCUGAUGCUGAGUGCGCUGGCAGGAGCCCUGGCCGACAGCCUGGGGCUGCCCCUCUGCUUCUCCCUCUUCCUUGCUCUCUCAGCCACACCCAUCGUGUACCUGGGCCUGGCGCCCAACAUCCUGGCCUCCAGCACCCUGGCCUGAGCUGGGUGGCUAGACUGAUCAAUAAAGCCAAGCGCAAGUGGCCUAGCUGUGUCUGUUUGGGACAUGUGGUGUCCUCAGGCUGUGGGCACUGGAAAGGAGGGUCCCUAAAAACAAGUUGAGCAUCUUUUAUUCUGCAUGUUGCGGCCUCCGCA